AUGAUAAUUUUUACGAUUCGGGAAUCACCACCAGAGGAAAGACAUCCCAAUGAAGAUCAGUGGGUUGACUUCGAUGACUCAUACAAUUCUUUGAAUGCAGGAUCUUUCAUUUAUCGAGAAAUAAUUCCGGAUUUAGAGAGUGAAUUAGAAAUUGAAGUUGCACUAAUAGCGGAAGUACGCCUUCAGAGAGUUGUUCCAUCGUUCCGCUCAAGUAAACUUUUGCAGGCUCCAAAAGGACAUUAUGUUGAAUUAAACUUCAGCUUGGAGACUUCACAUGCAACACCAUGCAUUGAUGAUAUGUAUCUUGAGGUUCGUGAUGGAUACAACAAGUCUGCCAAUCUUCUUGGUGUUUUUUGUGGAAGGAACAUUUCUGUCCAACCCAACCUGGAUAAAGUGGCCAAAAUUCAGUCCGUUCUUUCAAACCAUCUCUCAUCCCUCUGGUGCCCAGCACAAGGCGCACCGGCACCAGUCAUUGCUUGGAGAAAGAACGGCAUUGUGGUACAGAACAGUACAAGUGUCAAAUAUCAGCUGACCAUUACUGAAGAAAACAACUACAGCUGCGAGGUGAAGAGGCAGGAUGGUUUUGACAAGAAAGAAAUCAGCCUUGUUAUGGAAAGGUGUCCUGAUCCCUGCAGAUGUGAAACUGCGGUUGGAAUCAUGCGUGCAGUUACCUGCAUUGAAUGUGGGGGAAAACAUUUACAGUCAGUUCCACGGCACUUGCCCCUCUCGACAGCGAAAUUGAACCUGAAAUACAACCAAAUAAAGGAACUACCAUCUGAAGUUUUCCAAAACAACACCGAGUUGGCCGUUCUGGAAUUGGGUAACAACCAGAUAAAGGAGCUGCCACCUGGAGUCUUCAAUAACAACACCGAGUUGACUGAACUUUUGCUAUACGGCAACAAGAUCAAUAAUUUGAAAAAAAGUCCAUUCUCCCAGUUAAUUAAGCUGCAGUGGCUGGACCUAAGUAACAACGCGAUAAAAGAGCUACCAUCUGGAGUCUUCCAUAAUAACACUGAGUUGAUCCGCCUGAUUUUAAAUGGCAACAAGUUGAUGAAUUUGCCAGGCGACUUAUUUUCCCAAUUAGUCAAGCUGUGGUUGCUACAACUUAACGACAACGACCAAACAGAGUUACCAGAGGGUUUGUUUGAUGGUUUAAGAGCAUUGACACGACUAUGGCUGCAAAAUAACGAAAUCAGGAAGCUUUCUAAACACGUUUUCAAAGAUUUGACUAGUUUGGAAGAGCUGGAUCUGUCUAAUAAUACGGUUGAGAAUCUGCCACAAGACGUCUUUAGCAACCUAACAAAUCUCGAACAGCUGUUUUUAUCCAAAAACCAAAUUGGAGAAUUACCAUCAACGAUAUUUGUUAACCUGACCAUGCUUAAGGCAUUAAAAAUGGAGAAAAAUAAGUUAAAAGAGCUCCAUCCUAAACAAUUUCGCGGACUGGCAAAGCUAGAAGGGCUCCAUCUUUCGGGAAACAAACUGAGAAACUUGCCACAAGGAAUUUUCAAAGGCCUCAAGAGGCUUCUAAUUAUAGAACUCUUUGAAAACGAACUGAGGAACGUUUCCAUUGACAACUUCAAAGAAAUCAGGCAGUUAAGAAUUCUAUAUUUGCAUUAUAACCACAUGAGGGAAAUUCCCUACGGAUUUUUUAAAGUGCUGAAGGAUAUAUUACGAGUGAGUUUCGACACAAACCUGAUGUGUUGUCAUAUGCACAAGGAGGACGCUGACUGUGCUUUCAUUGCCAACGACGACUUCGCCAACUGUGAGAGCAUGUUCAAGAGCCCAACCCCGAGGAAGAGCAUAUGGGCAAUCGGCUCCCUUUCCCUAGCUGGGUCUGUGUUUGUCAUCACAUGGCGUUCAGUCUUUAAGGAUACAAACACGGUACAAUCAAUCAUGUUAUUGCACUUGGCAGUCUCCGAUGGUUUAAUGGGAGCAUACCUAAUCACACUGGGUGUCAAAGAUCUGUUGUGGAGAGGAGAGUAUUACUUACAUGACUUCCAGUGGCGGUCCAGUUUAGCUUGCCAGAUAACUGGUGCCACCUCUUUGCUAUCCAGUGAGGUCUCCUUGAUGCUGAUGGCUUUGAUAUCUGCAGACCGACUCAAGAACAUUGUGUUCCCGUUCAGAGGUGGAGCACUUUCGCGGAAGAUGACCCACAUCCUUUGCACCAUCAUAUGGCUCGUCGGCUUCCUCCUGGCUUUCUUUCCGAUGUUUGGCUUGAGAUAUUUCGAAGAUCUUACCACAUAUCACAACUACUAUGGAAAAAGUGUUGUCUGCCUUCCCUUACAGCUCUCUCGUCACAAAACGGAAGGCUGGGAGUACUCUGUUUCUGUAUUUAUUGGCCUCAAUUUCUUCCUCUUCAUAUUCAUCACAGUUGCCUACCUCAUCAUAUUCAUAAGCAGAGUGCGAGUUAAAAACCAAUCAGCCAACAUAAGGAGGGAGACCGGUCUGGCCAAAAGACUGUUCUUCAUCAUCUUCACUGACUGUCUCUGCUGGAUGCCAAUCAUCGUGUUUGGUAUUGGGUCGCUUUUGGAGAAGAAUUACAAACCACCAAGAGACUUGGCCGUUUGGAUUGCCGUGUUUGUUCUGCCCAUCAAUUCAGCGAUAAACCCGAUUCUGUACACGUUAGCAACACCAAAGGCGCAAGAGUAUCUGGGAAGCAAAAUAGCAAUGCUGAGAAGCUUCAUACGGAGUACUUUUCACUGCAGUGAAUAUCAAGAGGGACAACAACAAGAUCCACGAGAGAUUGAAGAUAACGGGCAACAAGAAGAUCAACAAGAAGGAGAAGCAGUGGAAAUGCAGAUUCUUGGAUUGCCACAUCCAGAUCAAGAUGCACAAGAGCAACAUGGAGACAAUCCAAUUGGAAUUGUCCAACAGCUUCACAAGGAGGAUCAGCAAGGAGCUGAAAUGCUGGAAAUGCAGCAAAUACCUCCCCAAGAACAAGAAGAAGGCCACGAAGGAGAAGAAGACGUUGUUGAAGAGGAUGAUCUGGAAUAUGAUACAAAGUUGUAA